AUGGCGACACAUGCACCACCACCACCCUACGAGAUGCUUUACGGCUGUCCCACUCCGCCGCCGACUGCUUCGAGCGCAUACGGUCCGCCUCGAUUUCUUCCUCAAGCAAACCACACGCCGCCACUGUACAAGCGGAAGCCGCUACACACUCCGCCGGCCGAGUUCACUCCCAUUGGGAAGAAUCAAUUCACUUUCACUCGCGCGCAGUCCAUCGAGUGCUCUUCGAGACCUUCGAGCGUCUCUGGGCACGCCCAUGCAGGCACAGCGGCGCAAGAAACCGAGUAUGAGGAUAGCUCGAAGGAGGAGAGCGAAGAAGAGGACGACCGACCCAGGCGACCCAUGGACGAAGCCAGCUUUGAACUCGAGGAGGUGGACAGCGAUGAGACCGAUGACGAGAGCGUAGAAGUCGUACAGCCAGACCACUGUGAGGAUGCAAAGAGCGAUAAGAGCGGCGCGGCGUUGGAAGCGACUGGGAUCAUGGACAGCAUGGGGGCGUUGCACGUCUCUGAAGAGUCCCACGACACCGACGAGGAGGCGGAGGCUCUGGCGCGUAUCUAUCGUCGCAGGAAGAAGAGCAUGAGCCAGCGAUGGGUGGACCGUAAGCGCGACCACGACCGAAGUGUUGCAGGGGACAGCAGUUACUCUGACAACGAUCCUCAGGACGACAACAAUAUUGAGGCGCGCCGUCUGCGCCGCAAAUUGAGCGGAUACGGACCGUGGGAUAGGCGAGCCUCGCUCAUCUUCGAGGACCAGGGCUUUCCGAAUACCAACAACAUCAUCGAGGAGGAGGAACCUGAGGAGGGCGUAGUCAAGCACACCAAGGGUCCGCCAUCUAUCCCUAGUGACGAUGCCUUCACGCUGGAUGAGCUGCCCUUCUGGGGAGGCGCUUACGAGACUAUGGAAGUCAUGACUGGUGCGGAAUGA